AUGGACGCGAAGUUGAGAUGCUUCUUGCAGAGAACCGAGUGGGCCUUGCUGUCGUUGGAACCUGGUAGCCUUGUCCCCAAAGUCGACGUGGGUGGCACCAACGAGGUCGAAUGCACAAACUUGCAGAAGCUUGCAGAGCCGACUCGAGGAGGUGAGCUGGCGACAGUGCUCUCGGACCCAUGGUUGCAGGAUGUUUCUGUCGUGCUCAAGCGUGAGGCAGUUGAUGCUGCCUUGGCUGCUGGUGGGCUUCCCCACCUUAGGGCGGAGUUGGUUGAGGCAUGCAAGUCCUUCGCGAAUGCUCCUUCAGGCAGCAGGCUGGUUCGGGAGCAAGCUCUGUGCAUGCUCGGGGUGGUGUUUCUGCAGCACUACCUGCGGGCAAACUGCACGGGCCCAGUCAAGGAGGAGGACCAUGCCUGCCUACCCUUCCACCCUUCUGCCCUUGCCGAAGGCCCGCCUCACUCUGCUAUCCUCCCGGCUUUGGAAGCCGAUGGAGAGCCAGCGUACGAGCUUCUGGCUUGCCCCGGAUACCUCUGGCUUUCGGCCCUCUUUUUCCGGUUGGUGCCGAGUGAGAUGCCGGAGCUGCAUGGUGUGGCCGUGCCCUUCUGGCGUGCUCGCUGCGCUUUUGCCUGGCAGCUCAGCCUGGCGGAGGCUUCGGAACGAGGCUCUGGCCAGUGCCCGUCGCUCUUCCGGGCGGGCGUCUUUGAACUGGUGUCAGGUGAUCCAGCCCCGCUGUCGGCCAAGGGCUUCAUGGAUGCGUCUGCGUUGUCCACCAUCCAGGCAGCGACAGCUCCCCUCUUGGAGACCUGGAAGCGAUCCUCCGAGAGGCCACCAGCCAUCACGGUGCCCGUGCCCGAGGUCAUCGAGGUCCAGGAGGCCCAAGAGGAGGGCAGUGAUGCCUUGGAAGCCAUGCUGGAUGCUUUCAACCCGCCGGCUCGCGCAGAGGCGCAAGCUCCGGAUGCAGUAGAGGAGGCGCCCCCCGAGGUUCGGGCAACGAUGCUUGUUGAACUGGCAAACCGACUCUGUUGGUAUGGCCGUGUCAAGGUCUGGGAAAAGAGCUGCGAUGCUGCCUGCAAUGCUCUUGGGUUCGAGUAUGAGCUCACGGGCGUGAUGGGCAUCAAACGGGAGCACCAGACUACGGAGUUUGCACAGCUGGUGGUGCGAGCCAGGAGCCAUAAGAGCACGAAAGGAAUUGAAGUCGAAGAGCCAGAUGCCAAAACACCCGAGACCCUCAGCCUGAAAACCGUGGAUGACUUGACGGACGUUCUGGAGGUCCCAAAGCUUUCAAAGUCCGUGGGCGAGCAGGAGCGGCUGGAAAUUGAACGACCCCUGACAGCCACUGAACAGAUCAUCCUUCUCUCCCGGUGUCAGUACAUCUGGGCAUCAAGCAACCCCAACGACGAAAUGGUGCUGCAGGAGAUCAAUUCCUUGGCACAGCGCGUCGUCAAGACGCUAGACAAGGCGCGUGAGGAGGAAGCAAACGAAGGACCCCUCUUCACGGCCAACUGGCUGACGUUCAGUUGUGGCCUAUGGUACCGCUGCCGAGCCGAGCAUCAUCGGAAUAAGACUCGCGAGCGCGCGGCCUUCCAACUUCAGUCCUUGGUGGACCAGUUUGCGGACGAGCGGCCCUCUGCGGCCCACCGGCUGCGCACGGUCCACAGUGCCGGGUAUCCGGCCCGUUUUCACCUCCAGCAUGAGAUGGCCACACGAAUGAUGCGGAUGGGCAUGAUGAGUACGGCCCAUGAGCAGUUCAAGAAGCUGAGGAUGUGGCCCGAGGCCGUGGAGUGCCUCAUCUGCGCCGAACGAAACGUGGAAGCCGAGGACAUGGUCAAGGAGCUUAUCGAAAAGCAGCCCUCUGCCCGGCUUUGGUGCUGCCUUGGUGACAUCCUCAAGGAUCCCGCGCACUACGAGAAGGCCUGGGAGGUCUCCAACAAGCGCUUCGCUCGGGCCCAGCGCGCCCUUGGGAAAUACUACUUUGAAAAGAAGGAGCUUGCGAAGGCCGUGGAGGCCUUCAAGCUGGCGCUGGACAUCAACCCCAUGUUCGAGGGCAUCUGGUUCACUCUAGGGGUUGGCCUCAUGCAGCUGGAGAGGAUGGACGAGGCCACCGUGGCCUUCUCGCGAGUGCUCUCCAUCAAUGACGAGGCGCGCUCGAAGAUGCCGGCUCAAAGCUGUCGACAGCCGAUCGCAGGCCUUAAGCUGCUAUGGCUGUCCAAGACUUACGGGGAAACUACGUAUAUAAAUGCAAAUAGAUAA